GCGGCGAGAGCGACGGACACGACAGCGAGCGCGCGUGUACCAGCCUCUUCGGGAUCGCUCCGACUUCCUGAAGGCCAGCGGGUGACCAACCGGGCAGGCGCGUCGCCCGCCACCAACGCGAGUCCACGUGAUCCAGCAAAGUCCCGCUCGUCCUGAGGGGCGGGAAUUCGAGCUGGUGGCACCUCCUGCCUCCGCCUGGGUGUCCGCCGCCUCGCCCCCCGGAGCGUCAUUCCUCAUUAUCGGAGAGAGAACUUCCCGUGACCUUGUGGCAGCCAUUGGAGCAUCCCGCGGAGAAAGGAGCGAGGGAGGCGGUUGGGCGGGCGUCUAUCCCAAGGCCCUUGCGGACCCUCCCUACCCUCCGCGACCGUCCGUCUGCCGCUCACACCUUCGCCAGUUCCCGGCGCGAGCGGCUCCCCUCCCAGCGGCGCUGAAUCCCAGCUGUAUGUGCCUCUCAGCAUUACCGGCCUCGAGUCACGCUCUCGGAUUUUCGCCACGGAAUACAUGUCAAGAGACGGAAGUGACUUUAGUGUGAUGCCAGCGCUGUGACAGUGAGAAAGCAGAAACAAAGUAGUGAAAACGGUAACACGGAUAAUAAGUCUUGCGAUUAAUUGUGCUAGCCUCGCCCGAGAUAAGGAUGUUGAGCAGAACCCCGGUUUGUGUGGCGCUGGCGCUAUUAGUCCUGCUGCAGGCACUGGCGCCUGCCAUGGCCUUCCCCAACGGCCUGCAGUCUGACCUUCACUACGGAGGCAAACGCCCAGCUGAAGUCAGGGACCCCAAACUGCGCAAGAUCUACGAACUCAUUUAUCCGUAUUACCAAAGGCCCAAGUACCGCUACCCCUUCUACGACCACCAGGGCAAAGGGGAGCUCCUAUAUGGAUACGGCGGACCCCAGCUCUUCCGCUACACCGUAUUCAAGCCGGUCGAGGGCUUCCUGCGGCGGUAGAACGACUCCACCAGGCCACGUCUCGGCGCUAGUCAUUUGUUUCUGCAUCUACCUGAAGACGAGGUCACGAUGAUGAGGCGGCGCCAGGGCUGCCUCGGUCACUCCCACUGCGUUCGGCAGAAACAAGACCACCAGAUAUAACGUUUUAACUUUUGCGCUUGUUUCGGAGGUGCCGGGCGUCUCGGAGCCAUCGUCGUCCAACUGUUGUUUGUCUUUAAUUCUUCUUUUGAUGAAAUUUGAUCGCUGUGCGAGAAAAAGUUAUAUUUACUUGCAAAAAUUGUUGACACAAUGCUGUAUAUAUCAAACACAUAAGUAAGGGUCAAGAUUUUUUACGGAGAUACAGCACUAUUCUUUGUUUUCCGCAAAUUAAUGCUAUAAUAUAUUACUCUCCACUUCUUUACCGUGGAUCAAGAUAUACCUUACUAAUCUAUAUUCUUUUAUCAUCUUGUCAUAUGACAUGCAGAAUUACAUUUUCAUAAUUGAUAUAUCCUUUGCUUGACUUGACUUUGCUUGACUUCAGCUGGGUCUGAUCAUUCAGAUUUUAGUGGAGUGUAUUACGUUCCAAAAGACUAUUAUAUUAAGAUAUAUAUAUAUGUAGAUCAUAGUACAAACCCCGCCAAUAAGUGAAAUAAGAUCAGACCGUGCUCAAUAAAGGCGCAGCAGAUAAAAGUCAGUUUCCUUACUUUCUGAAAGGAGCGGCUCGUUUUCCAGGGUUCCUGUACCUCUGCAUAAGGCGUCUGUAGUUCAAGGACUCAAGAACCAAGAGCUAGAGGGAAGGAUAUUGUUUACUGUAUCUCCGUAAUUAUUAUGUAUGAACUAUGUAGAAAGGAAUAUUGUCAAAUUAUAACCCUCACGUUUAUGUUUAAUACAGAACUCAGCAUUAUAUAGCUAUCCUGAAAAUAUACUUUAUUGUUUUCGGAAAUUUUCCAAAUAAUGAAGCUGCUCUGUUAUUACUGUUUAUUUUGCUCUUGAUGAGUUUAGUGCCUCAUUUUUUCAUGUGUUUGACAUACCAGUUAUAUUCUCAUCUGACUUUUAAUAAAGUGUUU